AUGCCUGACUCCUCUAAUGUCCCUACUUCCUUGGAAGAUGCCGUUCUCAAGCUCGCGGCUCAGCAUUUGUCCAUGGGUGAGACUUUGCAAACAGUAACAUUCCAGUUGAAUGAGAUUUUGCUUCGUCUUCCUCCCACGCUCCCCACCCCUGUUCCACCUUCAUCUACCCCCACGUCUUCUUCUUCACCUGCACAACAACACAGAAUCAAAAUUGAUGUUCCUCGUUUCGAUGGGAGUGACCCAUCUGGGUGGAUCUUUAAGAUCACCCAGUAUUUCGAGUAUCAUGCUACUCCUGAGGCAGAGAGGCUUACCAUUGUUGCGUUCUACAUGGACGGCCGCGCCUUGGCCUGGUUCCAAUGGAUGAACGACAAUGGUCAAUUUACAUCUUGGCCUGCCUUUCUUCAAGCGGUUCAGACUCGGUUCGCGCCUUCUCAGUACGAGGACCCGACCGGUGUCCUGUUCAAGCUCACCCAAAAGGGUACGGUGACCCAGUACCUCGCCGAAUUUGAGGAGUUGGCGAACCGCAUCAUCGGCCUCCCUCCACCGUUCCUGCUCAGCUGCUUUGUGUCGGGGUUGGCGUCGGAUAUUCGCCGUGAGGUCCAGGCCCACCAGCCUUUGACCCUCGUGCAGGUGGCAGGCCUCACUCGACUUCAGGAGGAGAAAAUCUUCGACGGCCGCCCCACCUCACGCAAUCGUCCCCACCAGCCCACCCAGAUGUACCCCCCACCUCCAUCAACCACUGUCGUCCCUGUUUCCCCUACCCAGAACCCCAAUUCCACCAUCCCUCUACGCCCCAUUCCCACCCCACCUCUGUUACUACCACCCACGCGCCCCAACCCCUCUCAGGUGAAACGCCUCUCUCUGGAAGAAAUUUCUUCUCGCCGGGAGAGAAGGCUUUGCUUCACAUGUGACGAGAAAUACCACAGAGGGCAUCGCUGCGCCUCUAGGGCAUUUCUCCUGGUCGCUGAGGAAGACGAAACCCUUCCAGGCCUUAUAAACCCCCCUUACCCGCAACCCGAUCCAGUUCCCCCUAACCCGACUGACCCAUACCCGGCCCAGAUCAGUUUUAACUCGCUGGCAGGACAAGUGGCGCCCAAAACGCUACGUUUCAUGGGCUUCAUCGGAGACCGUCAGGUGAUCUUGUUGGUGGACGGUGGGAGUACCCACAACUUCAUCCAGCUUCAGCUGGUCUCGGAGUUGGGCCUCACCACUCGUGAUACCACUCCUUUGCGCAUCAUGGUUGGCAAUGGCCAACAACUGGAGUGCACGCGUGUCUAUGAGGACGUCACCGUGGUCAUUCAGAAUACGAGGUUCACCGUUGACCUGCAUGUAUUGUCCGUUGCUGGUGCUAACGUCGUCCUGGGGGUGCAAUGGUUGAAGUCCCUCGGCCCCUUUCUCACAGAUUACAAUACCUUAUGUAUGAAGUUCUUCCACGCCGGCAAUUUUGUGGAAUUAAAAGGGGACACUGAGACCACUUUGAACUUCAUCUCCUCUGCCCAAUUUCAUCAUCUCCGACGACACCAACCCACCAGCCUAUACUUCCAUGUCACGAUAUUACCAGAGCCCCCUUCCAUCCAAGAUGAUCCUACUCUCUCUCCCCACAUUCAAACUAUCCUUGACCGUUACCACCCCUUGUUCCAAUCACCCAAUACACUUCCACCCCAACGAGAGACAGACCACCGUAUCCAUCUUCUUCCCCAAGCUACACCCGUCAAUGUCUGCCCCUAUAGGUACCCCCAUUUCCAGAAGCAGGAAAUUGAACAACAAGUUGAAAUAAUGCUGCAAACGGGUCUGAUACAACCCAGUAAUAGCCCCUUUUCUUCCCCGAUCUUGCUUGUCAAGAAGCACGAUGGAACCUGGAGAUUCUGCGUAGACUAUAGAGCACUCAAUGCUCUCACCAUUAAAGACAGGUUUCCGAUACCCACGGUUGAUGAAUUAUUGGAUGAAUUAGGCGGGGCUCACUAUUUCUCGAAGCUCGAUUUGCUUCAAGGGUAUCAUCAAAUACGUAUGUCCCCUGAAGACAUUUCGAAAACGUCUUUUCGAACCCAUCACGGACAUUACGAAUUUCGUGUAAUGCCGUUUGGGUCAUGCAAUGCCCCUUCAUCGUUUCAGGCGACGAUGAACGCGAUAUUCCGGCCAUAUCUCCGGCGAUUCAUUAUUGUCUUUUUUGAUGAUAUAUUGGUGUAUAGUGCUUCCAUGGCAGAGCAUCUUAAUCACCUCGAAAUCACUUUUCAGGUAUUACUCACCCAUCAAUUUGUUCUCAAAUUUUCAAAGUGUUUCUUUGCGCAGACUCAAGUUGAAUACCUGGGCCACAUCGUGUCAUCGGAGGGGGUGAAACCAGUGGCGUCCAAGGUUGAGGCCAUUCUCCAAUGGCCAAUUCCGCAUUCAAUUAAAGCAGUUAGGAGUUUUUUAGGCCUUGCCGGCUUCUAUAGGCGAUUCAUCAGGGGUUAUGCAACCAUUGCUGCCCCUUUGGUUCAUAUCACCACCAAGGCCCAUUUCAUGUGUACAGACUUAGCCCAAGACGCAUUUGAGAAACUUAAGCAAGCUGUAUCAACGGCCCCUGUGCUUUCCCUGCCGGAUUUCGAGCAACCCUUCACCGCCGAGACUGACGCGUCCGGUUUAGGGAUGGGAGCGGUUCUAUCUCAGCAGGGACACCCCCUGGCAUUCUUCAGCAAGCCUUUUCCACCAAAACUCUUGAGUGCUUCCACCUAUGUAAGGGAGUUGUUUGCGGUGACAGCGGCGGUUAAGAAGUGGAGACAGUACCUAUUGGGUCAUCGUUUCACCAUUGUUACUGAUCAUAGAAGCUUGAAAGAAUUGUUAACCUAG